AUGGCCUCAAGACCCGUCACCCGUGCCCUCCGCCAAUCCGCCCGCCAAUUGGCGGCUGCUCCAGCCCAGAAGAGGACCUUUGUCUCUGCUCUGAGUGCUGGUGCAAAGAAGGCUGCUCCCCGCGCUGCCGUUACCAGCCAGUUCCAGCAAACUCGUGGUGUCAAGACCAUUGACUUUGCCGGUACCAAGGAGACUGUCUACGAGCGUGCCGACUGGCCAAAGGAGAAGCUUUUGGAAUACUUCAAGAACGACACCCUCGCCCUCAUCGGCUAUGGCUCCCAGGGCCACGGCCAGGGUCUCAACAUGCGUGACAACGGCCUCAACGUCAUCGUCGGUGUACGGAAGAACGGUACUUCAUGGAAGGAGGCCGAGCAGGACGGCUGGGUUCCCGGCAAGAACCUCUUCGACAUUGACGAGGCCAUUGGCAAGGCCACCAUUGUCAUGAACCUCCUCUCAGAUGCCGCUCAAUCCGAGACCUGGCCCGCUAUCAAGCCCCAGCUUACCAAGGGAAAGACUCUCUACUUCUCCCACGGUUUCUCUCCCGUCUUCAAGGACCUCACCAAGGUCGAGGUUCCCAAGGACAUUGACGUCAUCCUCGUUGCCCCCAAGGGCUCCGGCCGUACCGUCCGCACUCUUUUCCGUGAGGGCCGUGGUAUCAACUCCUCCAUUGCCGUCUACCAAGACGUCACCGGCAAGGCCAAGGAGAAGGCUGUCGCCCUCGGUGUUGCCGUCGGUUCCGGAUACAUGUACGAGACCACCUUCGAGAAGGAGGUCUACUCUGACCUUUACGGCGAGCGUGGUUGCUUGAUGGGUGGAAUCCACGGCAUGUUCCUCGCCCAGUACGAGGUUCUCCGUGAGCGUGGCCACAGCCCAUCUGAGGCCUUCAACGAGACCGUUGAGGAGGCUACCCAGUCUCUGUACCCCUUGAUCGGUGCCAACGGCAUGGACUACAUGUACGCCGCCUGCUCCACCACUGCUCGUCGUGGUGCUAUCGACUGGAGCAAGCGCUUCAAGGAUGCCCUCAAGCCUGUCUUCGAUGACCUCUACACCUCCGUCGAGAACGGUACCGAGACCAAGCGCUCUCUCGAGUACAACUCGCAACCCGACUACCGUGAGAAGUACAACCAGGAGCUCAAGGAGAUUGACGACCUUGAGAUCUGGCGCGCCGGAAAGGCUGUCCGCUCUCUCCGCCCCGAGAACGCCAAGUAA